AUGUCCUCGUUACCUCCCAAACCGCCUGCUACAUACCAAAAGGAGAACAACGAGAAACAGCCUGAGUCCCAGGAAAAGCAGAUUAAUCUCCCUGAACAGCAAGUGCCAAAACUCCAUAAAACAAAAGAUUCGAUUGUAAAGUACAGUUUUGAAGAUCUGGGCGAUUGGUAUGAUUUUUCAAGGUUUCUUGUAAAGCUGUUUGAACACGCUUCACCUGGUUCCACAGGCAAAAUGACCGAGUUCAUUCCCGAAAAAUGGCCUCUUGGAAAGACAGAAUACUACUUUGGUUAUUUCGGUUACUGUAGGAGAUCAGAAAAGAUGCCCACAGUGUGCCAUGGAAGCAUGGAAUCACCUCUAAAAGCGAUUGUUCAUGAUAUCGGCACGGUGCUUGCAGAAGGCAUGGAAACCAACGAACGGAAAAAGAAACAGAUUGUUCUCUCUUGGGAAAAUGCCGUGGACAAUGCUUUACGCUCCGCUAAAGAAGCAAUCAGAAGUAUUACCAGCGGUGCUAGGUUUUUGAAUGCUACGCAAGAAAGGGAUAUUGAUUACACGACGAUAGAUGUUCCCACUGUUACAUCUCAAGACGAGAACGCCCAGAAACCUCCAGAGUUCCAGGAGAUGCAGAUUGAAGUCCCUGAUGACUUAGAAAUGUUACAAAAAGAAAUGCAAAAAGAAAGGGAUCCUUCUUUGAUAAGGUUUCUCUUGAUAUUGGUUUGUCUUGGCUUCCAUAUCUGGCUAUGGAUCCCUACUAUUCCCACUUCGACUGUCAAAUACAGCGUUGGAGGACUGGGAGAUUGGUAUGACUUUUCGAGGUUUCUAGUGGACGCUUUUGAAGAUGCUUCGCCUGGAUCUACUGGGAAAAUGGCAGAGUAUAUUCCCGAGAAGUGGCCUCUUGGAGAGACACAGUAUUACAUUCAUUACUAUGCUUACUGUAGAAAGUCAGAAAAGCAGCCAACCGUGUGCCACAAAGGCGCAGAAAAUCCUCUUGAAAGCAUCAUUUAUGAUAUUGGCACGGUAAUUGCACAAGAAGUGGAGACCAAUAAGAUAAAUCAAGAUCAUAUUGCUCUAUCUUGGGUAAAAGCCGUGGGACUGGCAUUGGACAAGGCCAGGAAAGCUGUUCAGGAAAUUCCGGAUGCCGCCAGAUUCUUGAAUGGCACUCAACAACGGGAAAUUAAUGAUUCUACUAUAGACAUUAUGAAGGAGUUUGAUUGGGACUUUUGGAACGAUUCCCAUACACUUAUGCUACUUCUCCUGACGACGUGUUUCGUGUUUGGGAUGAUGUUUCUUCUUGUCCCAUACUUGGUUUACACGGUUAUGGGAUUUAUAAUUUUGAUUUUGGGUAACCUUCCACCAUUAAUUUAUGCCAGUUCCAUUCGUGGCAAGCUGCUGGGGAUAUUUGUCAAGAGUCAUUAUUUGGGCCAUACCAUGAUAUGUGUUGCCAUUGAAGUUAUAUUGGGAAAGCAAUGGUCUACUAACAUGCUCGUUGACCAACAGUUGGACCCUCAGCAAACAGUGGCUGAGAACUUGAACACUGAACAACAUAUCAAACAUAAGCUAUUGACUAUUGACUAUACGGUUUGUCUACUACAGAGAAGAGUUCAGGCUUACGAAAUUCAGGUGUUCAUCAGUGACGGACUGGAAACUUAUGACUACAGCAGAACAACUAAAUAA